CACUUCUAAUGGCAUGUGUCGCGGACUGAUCUCCUCUAUAAAUAAGCUUGCCAUCCUCCUUUCUUCCUCCUUCAUUCAACGAAGGCAGCCAUAGCUUGAGCCCAGAAACGGGAGAGAGAGAGAGAGGUACAACACUCAAACACCAUCCAUCCAUCCAUGGUGAAGAGCAGCAGCAGGGUAACUGACACUCCAAAUGGCUCCAUUGGAGUCUAUAAUGACCCCAGCCAUAACAGCAUCCCGCCAAAGCUAGGCAGCAAUGGGAAAAAGCAGUACAAGGGGGUGAGGAUGAGGAGUUGGGGUUCAUGGGUCUCUGAGAUCAGAGCACCAAACCAGAAGACCAGGAUAUGGCUGGGCUCCUACUCAACCCCAGAGGCCGCAGCCCGGGCCUACGACGCAGCCCUCCUCUGCCUCAAGGGCUCUUCCGCCAGCCUCAAUUUCCCCACCUCCAAACCCCUCCACCUUCCCACCACCCUCAUGUCCCCAAAGUCCAUCCAAAGAGUGGCCGCCGCCGCCGCCCAUGCCACCACUGCUUUCGCACACCCUGAGACCCUCCCACCACCCUCCCUCCCCUCCUCAUUGCCAUCGCCGUCACCUUCCUCCGAUAUCACCAAUGAUGACUCAUUGGUGAUGAGCUCGCGAGGCAGCAUGACAAGCCUAGUGGAAGAAGGAUGGUGCACUACUGAACAUGAGUUACACGAUCCAUCUGAAUCAUCGAUCGACUUCGAGGCCUUCUUCCAGUCUCCAAAGUGCAUGGAUUAUAUGCUGAAUCCAUGCGCCUUCUUUGCUCCACAAAUGGAGGAGUGGGACGAGGAAGGCGACAUUAAUCUUUGGAGCUUCUGCUGAUCUUGUCCCAUGAUCUUCUUCUCCUUUGCUUCUUUUCAUUAAGGUGAUAUCAGGAGGGGAAACUACUGACUGUAAGUGACUGCAUGGUCAUAAUUUAUUUGAUUUAUUUCUAAGCAAGGAGAAACUCCCAUGGAGCUACAUGUUUUAAGGCUGUUCCCUGGGGUUUCUGUAUCCAAAUAUACGUAAAUUCCUCUAUGUAUCAACUGUGUGCAAGUAUAUGGAAUGAGAGGUUUGUUUAUUUUUGAUCCUUUGAUCGAUACAUUCUGUUUUGCUA